AAAAGUAUAAUUAAAAUGCCCCCAUUUGCCCUAACCUUGACCUCCCUCGUAAUGUUUUGGCGCAGUGCUGCCACCAUAACGGCAGCACAACAAACGACGAAGUUGUCAAGUCAAGCAUUCACACAAGUCAACAUGGCCGAAAAUGAAGCGAAAUCCGAUGGUUUCUUAACAAAUAUAGUGUUAGAAAUCGUACAGAGUCCCCUGAACGUUGCAUUAGUGUGUUUGAUCGGAUUCUUAGUGUAUAAAAUAUUGAAAAGCCGCCAGGAUGUGCCUACUUCCAAAGCCUCUGAGCCCGAGUUGCCGAAACUGAAGAAAAGGGACUUUACGGUAGAAGAACUGAAGAAAUACGACGGUACUCAAGAGGACGGAAGGGUUCUGGUAGCUGUCAACGGCAACGUAUACGAUGUCACCAAGGGCAAGAGGUUCUACGGACCCGGGGGGCCGUAUGCGGCGUUUGGCGGGCGGGACGCCUCCAGAGGCCUCGCCACGUUCUCGGUGUCCGCCAAGACGGAUGAGUACGACGAUCUGAGCGAUUUGAAUACCAUGGAGAUGGAUUCUGUGAGGGAAUGGGAGGCGCAGUUCAAAGAGAAGUACGAUUUAGUUGGGAAGUUGCUGAAGCCAGGCGAGCAACCGACCAACUACUCCGACGAUGAAGAGGAUGAGACUCCAACGGCGAAUGCUGAAAAAAGCAAAGAUGAUUAAAUGAAAGGCUGAAAGACUUUGUGCUCUUCUACUUGUGUAAAGAAACCUUAAUUUUAUAUGAUCUUGUUGGCUUUUUUAACAUAUUUUAAAGAUGGUUUGUAUAUUAGCGUGUAAUUUGUACUGCAUUUUUUCUGGUAAUUGUUACUUAUCAAUGAAUGUGAGCUUCGAUGAAAUUUUAUUGUAACGCUAAAAUUUUCAUAAGUAAGUGAUAACGAACUUUUAAAUUCCACUUUGCAUUUUGUAAUGUUUAAGUAUCUUCCAAUUUUAUUUACUUGUGAUCCUUCCUGAAAUUGUCCCCCUGAAUAUUGUAACAGUGAACACUUUUAUUAUUUGUAUCUUUUGUGUUGGGUAAUUUUAAGUUAGAUGUGUAGGGGGCGUGGUUUAGACGAACGUCAUACGUUUCAAAUGUCUUAACACCAGUACUUAGCAGGGUAAAGUAGGGUUCCCACAGCCCCGAACGCAACCUAUUUGAAAUGUGCAACGUUUGCGAUAGUAAACCUUUGUUAAUUGGUUC